AUGUCCAACUACCCAGUUCCGAAUGGUCACAAUAACAAUAACAAUGGCUACAAUUCCUUGCCAUUGCACGGUCCGACAUCAAUCCCAUCGCCAAAUGAUUCUUUGAUUUCCCACAAUCAACAGCUUCAACACCAGCAUCAACAACAGCUCGGCAUACCUGUCUCACCCUCUUUUCAAUAUGAUCCUCAAAUGGGAGCUCCACAGGGUCAGCCAUCACCCCAAAUGCCCCCACCAAUGCAACAGUACAAUGAUGGAAUGACGAAUGGCCAUGAUAGUUUACCCAUUCAAACUGGAACACCAUCAUCCAUGAAUGGAACCGGAGAAGUACCAAAAGGAAAUAGAUUACGGAAAGCAUGCGAUUCAUGCAGCAUCAGAAAAGUCAAGUGCGAUGAGUCUGGUCCUCCAUGUCGAGCAUGCGCUGCACUAGAUAUUCCAUGUACUUUCGAUAGACCAAGUCGUCGCAGAGGUCCACCAAAUCGACAUGCGGAAGCAGUAAAAAAGAGAAGACUCGAGAUUGAAUCUUCGGGUGGCGCAUCUUACUCCUCUCCGACAUCACCAAACAAUGUUGCUGCGACGUUGGCAUCGUUCUCCUCACAUGCAGUUCUAUCUGCCGAAUCGAUAUUGCCACUGGCUACUCUCGAGCUCUUCGUGGAUGAUUUCUUCACAUACAUACAUCCUCUCGCCCCGUUCCCACAUGAGCCUUCAUUCCGAGUCGCACUCAAAAAUCGAGAAGACCUAACGAAUUCAUCCUUUCUUGCAUUGUUGGCAUCGAUGGUUGGAAUAUUGGUAGCAUCAUUUCCUAGAAAGCCUAGGCUACAUCUCAAAGCUCAACAUCGAGAACAUCUGUUCCCACAUUCGCUCAAUUUGGUCGAAAGAUGUCAUAAAGUGGCAGUUGAAGCUAGGGGUGCCGGAUAUCUCGAUAAGGAUCUUUCAGUCUACGAUGCAGCUACAAGUUAUUUUUUGGGAUUGUCAGGCGCAUACACAUUCAAUUGGAGACAAUGUAGAUUGUAUUUUGGAGAAACAUUAAACGUUUUAAGAAUGUUGGGAGCACAUAGAACCAAGAAUACUGGUGGGAUGACUACCUUAGGCCAUCUUCCUGCAACGUUUGGUGCUGAAAGCCCUCAAUAUGUUGAUCAGCCUGAACCUGUCGAUUGUAUUCGUCAAGAGAUUGGCAGAAGAUUAUUCUGGGUUAUGUUUGUUGGUAUUCGAUCAAUGCAACAAAUAGGUGCAACAUUCGGUGAACUUCUGAUCCCGCCACCAACCCCAAACGAACCAUACCCUCCACUACCCGUGGAAGUUGACGAUGAAUACAUUUUUGUAGAUCACAUCCAAUCGCAGCCUGAAGGCAUCUUGUCAGGCAUUGUUGGAUUUAACAUGGGUGUUAAGAUCUACAUGACAUGCACACCUCUUUCAACGAUGGAAGUUGCAUACGGAAUUGAUCAAGUCUUCGACUAUCAACGUCAACGAAGGGUGCUCUCACAAUGUCUUAACGCUGCCAAACACGUUCUGGACCAAUUACCAAAUGAGCUGAUGCUUCUCCAAAAUUCCGAAUCAGGAGAGUUUGGUCAACGAAACGAAGCUUACUAUCCACCUUUGGAAGGGUUCCCGGGUGCUCGUGCAGGUGGAAUCGAAGGACAAUCUUGGAAUGGGGUCACCGGAGAUGAGAAGAGAAGGAGACAAUACGAAAUUAUGAAAUCUAAUAUUUACGCUAGUCAGCUGGCCACCAGGUCAUAUCUUGUUGAGAAGUACUGGAACCUUCAAGACGCCUACGAGCAGCUCAAAGCUAAAGCAGGCGGCUCAGGGGAUCUCAAAUUAGGAUCUCCAGGUCUGAUCGCAAGUGGUUUGGAUGAAAUGCUGCCACGAUCAGCAACAGAAGAUUCAAUCGAGUCUAUCGUCAUGAAUGAAAGGGAGAGCAUUGUGAAGGAUUUGCUGAAGGCGCUAAGUUGUCUUCAACAAGUAAACAUGGAACCUAAUGGUGGCAGCUUUGUUAAUAAAAUCCGCCAAAUAGCGUCAACUUUAGUCGAUACCCCGCAAAAUCGCAAAGGGCCUUUUGCAUUACAAACUGAAGAGUACCUAGCCAAAUUCCUGGAUAUCUUGAUGAAACUUGAGAGAGCUAGCCCGGCCGGUGCUAGGAGUGAGAGUGCUGAUGGUGUGAUUGAUGAGGAAGAAGAAUUAAGUAGUUGGGCCGAUCUCAGAGAAUAUCAGACGAGAUUCGCACAAUCUGGAGGAUUCUUGAACGAAUUGUAA